AAAUUAUGAAGUCAAAUAUGUAACAUUUAGUUAUUUCAGAUGAUUUCUUGGCAGUGAUGUUUAAUGUAAUGGUCAAUGUGUACAACCCUGAGGCUCUACACAGUAGGUGUGGUGCAGUGUCAACAGAGCAAAAUGUGGGUAUGUAAUUUUGAGAUUUUGAGAUUGUCUUGGGUGGGACAGUAUGACUCUUGAGUCACUACAUGCUUAUUAAACACAGUAUAUCUUAAGAGGAAGCAUUUUCUAAUUUAUCAUGUAGAAAAUCAGUCUGUGCAUUUCAACAGUACCCAAAAAUUAGCAAAGUUUGUUUUUAAAAUGAUCCAGUCUAGCUUUUGUUUGCACAUCCAGUCAUGUUUGGGAAAUUCCUGGUUGUUUCAUAAAAUCUGCCGUCUGUGUCUGCAUUCCUAUUCGGUUUCAACCCAACUUAAUAAUAACAGUCAUCUCACCGCAGUGUGAAAUUAGGAUCGUUCUUACUGUGGGAAUGACAGAAUUAUACUAUCAUUAACUGAACCAAAGUGCCUUUUCAGAGGGUAACUGCGGUUUCACUUUAAUCAACACUGGAAAGACAAAAUCGGCGAGGAACAACCUCAGAUUAGACACUUUUCUGCUGUGGGUGAAUGCAACAUUGUGAUUUAUCGAAAAUAAACCAGAUUUCUUCAUUGUUGGGAUCUGUUCAUGCUGUGAAAAUCAAUGUUUGGAGUUGACUUCCAGACUACCGCAAACAAACCUCAUUUUUAUGAUCAUAUUUAUCCGUUUUUGAUUUGAGUUUUAAUGCUGUGAAACUGAACCAAUAUAUCAAAUUAAACUCGUCUGGAUAUGUCGAACAUUUCAAAAUGGCUUAAUUUGAUGAUUCAUUUAAACGCUAGACAUUUUCUGAAUUGUGCGAUUAAAUUAUGGUCUGAGGUUUUAUUUAGUCAGAGCCCAUUUCUCAUAUUGUCCCCACAGCUGAUUGGUUGCUUGAGAAAUGGACAGUGUUUAAGUACAGCUUUCCCCACUUACGGUUUUCUGUUUUGAUCAAAGGAUUUUAAAGUGAGUAUUUGUCUUUUUUUAACAUCAUGCAGUGUUAGCUAUCAAUCUCGUAAUCAAUUUGUGUGGUGUAAUUUGUCAGUUUAAUAUUAACUUUGUGUGUCUCUUUAGGCAUGACACAAAUGAGGCUUAUAGUGAUGAUCGUGUGCUUUCUUGCUGGAACAUCCGCUGUUCCGAUCUCCCCAAAUGCUGAUUUAAAGGAAUCGCUGUCAGUGGGAGAUAUGCAACAGUUUCAGCCUGGAUCUCCUAGAAUGCUCUCUGGACUUCAUCAACAGGUGCCCAAUCCAUGGGCCUCUCAACCCAACCCCAGUACUGCUGUCAGACAGCAUCCAGCACAGUUUCAGUACCUUCCUUAUUCUCAGCAACCGCAGUUUUUCUACUAUCCCAUUCUUGGACAGCAAUCAAGGAACCCGACAUUCUCCUAUGGAGUGUCUGCUUUCCAGCAUGCUGCAUCCCAACAAUAUCCUGCUAAUGCAGCUCCAGCUUUACGGCCAGCAAGACCACAACAGGGGCAAAAUGCACACCAAAUGCGUCAGCCUCAACAACAACAACAACAACAACAACAGUUUCAACCCAUUUUUUAUAUGGUUCCUCAAAUGCCACAGCGAAUGGCUGGAUCAUAUGGUGGACUGAGCUCUGAGGAACUUCAGAACAUGGGCCGUGUUAACAUGCACCUACCUGCGAUUAGAGGAAAUGUGUUUCCUGUAUCUGGACCUCAAACUGUUGUACCCAUUGGGCCAGUAAGACCGCCCAACCCCUUCCCUGCCACUGGAAUGACCUACCCGGGCAUUACUGAGCUCCAGCAACCCAGCAUUAUAGCCGUGCCUCCUAGCAGAGAUGCCAUACCUGCUACUGGUGGAUCCCAUCCAAAUAGUGCAGUGCUGCCUAGUAGGAUUUCUGGCACUCAGGAUCGUGAUCGAGCACCAUGUGUGUCCGCUGAAAUCCCCUCAACCAACUCUUUUGCACCUUUAGAUUCAGGUCACGGAGCUUUCAUCUCAGCUGAUGUUCCUACUGUCCACCCCGAUCCCCAAAGCAGUGGUCCCAGUCUAGUUCCCGAUCCACUCCCAACAGCAGAAUACAAAGAAGAUCUUUUUCCAGCAGCCCCACCACUGCUUUCUGAUACUGUAGACACCAAUACUGCUAAUGAGAUGUAUCCCUAAGAUACAUGAUUAAUGCAGGAUUUACACAAAUAUGUAUUUUACGUCAAGCUAACUGAUUUAUAUAUUAGGUUGAGUCAGGAUUUUUCAUAGAAAUCUAAAUAAAUAGCCCCCCCACCACUUUAGAUUUUCCCCUAAUUGUUGUUUAACGGUAAGAAGAUGUUUUUCUACACAUU